AUGGUUUGCAAACUCCUUUGCCUCCUCAUCCUCGUGACCUUCGUUACUCAAGGAUAUGGGUGUGACCGCAGCAAUCUAACGCUGAAACAAUCACAGACCGGCAAUUUGUAUAAGGACGUAACAGAGUGGGAAGUGAGAUUGACUAAUCCAUGUCCAUGCGAUUUCAAGAACGUAAAGUUGUCAUGCGCCGGUUUCCAAUCGGUCACAACCAUUGAUAAAUCGGUGUUGUCUAAAUCUGGUAACGACUGUCUCCUAAUCGAUGGACAGGCUGUCGGGUACAAAUCAGACUACGUCUUCACAUAUGUGUGGGCCACUAGCUUCGACUUCAGUAUCAUAGAUGCCGCAGCCGCUUGCACUUGA